CGGUUGCAUGGUGUCCGGCUGCACGGUGUCCGGCUCUACGGUCUUAAGACACACGCACGGACAGAUCGAGUCUUUGGCACGUAAUGCGCAUGCGGCUCCUUUAAGAAGCUGCUGUGCGCUGCCCCCGCUACUCCGCGACACAAAAGCAGAGAGAGCAGCGGGCUGGUGGACAUUGUGGACACUGUGGACACUGGUGAGGACAAGCUUCCGACAGAGAUAUGAACGUGCAGGACUGUAGCGGGCUGCGGCGGUUCUAUGUGCGGCCCCGGGCUCUGCCAUAGCCCGCUGCGCUGCUAACGGCUUCUCUCGCGCAUUCGGACUCGAGGAAAACGGAAGACAUCCACACACAGUACAAGCAGCAGUAUUAUCCACGCACUGGUGUCCAGACGUGCCGUUCAACAUGCUGAGCGGGUCUAAAAGCACGUUUAAAGUGCGCCAGAUGGAGCCGGACAUCAAGGAGAGGAUGUUGAGUCAAAGCGGAGGUAGUGCCAGAAGCAGAGAUGUACUGGGCUUGCGCUGUCUGCCAGGCGAGUGUGUCCUCCAGAGGGUCCUGAUGGUGAGGAAGAAGCUGACAUCCAGAGAGGGGCGGGGCUGGCUCUCUGGGACCCUGUUCUGCACUCACUUCAGGGUGGCCUUUGUGCCCCAGGACGCCGCCGCCCCCCCAGACAAUGCAGACCCGGUGCUACUGGGGGACCAUGAUGUGGCUUUGGCCUCCAUAGAGAAGGUGGUUGUGGUGGGGCCGAACCGGACCAAGCUGGUGACCCCCACGUCCUCCCUGAAGUUCACCCCAGAGGAGCUCCUGCUGUACUGCCGAGACAUGCGCGUGGUGUGUUUGUUGUUUGACCGGCUCACCCCCGACUCCCAGGUCCUGCAGAUGACCUACACCAUCGCAAAGACCUACCAGCCCCUGAAGCCUGGGUCAGUCCUGUCCUUCCAGAACACAGCGCUCGGCAGUGUGGAGAUGAAGCAGUUCCUGAGUAAUCGCAGCAGGGACCCUCACAUGAACUGGUUUGAGUGUGCUCAGGACUGGGAGCAUGAGCUGGAGCGCUGUGGAGCUGUGGGCUGGAGGGUCAGUGCAGUCAACGAACGCUUUGAGAUGGCCACCAGUCUGCCUCGUUUUGUGGUCGUGCCACAGAGGGUCCUGGACACAGAGUUGAAGAAGAGCUUCGCUCACUUCAGUGAGGGCCGUAUCCCGCGUUGGAGCUGGAGACACCCACGAGGCGCUGACCUUCUGCGAAUGUCCAGCUUCCAAAACAACAUCUACCACGAGAAGGAUGACAUACGGAACCUGGAGCUGAUCCUGUUUGGGGGCCACUCGUCCCUGUGUGUGGUGGUGGAGCUGGGGGAGGAGCUUCCCUCGCCGCUGGACAUCCAGCUGGCACACAGCCGUCUGCGGGCGCUGUGCCUAGGAGAUGUGUCCAGCUCAGUGUCGGUGCCUGAUGAUAAAUGGCUGUCCACUCUGGAGAGCACCCACUGGCUUCACUACACCAGGUUGUGUCUGAGGAAAGCGUCUGAGGUGUGCUGUCUGCUGCGGAGCGGGCACCUGACUGUGGCUCUGCAGGAGGUGGAGGACAGGGACAUGGGCUGCCUGGUCUCCUCCCUGGUGCAGCUCAUGUGUGACCCUCACAGCCGCUCUCAAAAGGGCUUCCAGGGCCUGAUGCAGAAGGAGUGGGUGAGCGGGGGCCACCGCUUCUGCAGCCGACUCAACUACCACCGGGACAGUGACAAGGAUGAGUCUCCGGUGUUCUUGCUCUUCCUGGACUGUGUGUGGCAGCUGUGGGCACAGUUCCCGUCUCACUUCCAGCUCACAGAGGACUUCCUGCUGGCGCUCCAUGACAGUGUGCACUUGCCUCUCUUCUCCACCUUCCUGUCCAACUCCCAGAGAGAGCGGCUCAAGAGGACUCAGCACGUUGGACAGUCGUACACCCGGGUAGAGGGCUGGAGGGACCUGACGUUUGACCCGGGGGACAGCUGUGACCCCCCACUGCCCCCCGUCUGGGACUGGGACCUUCAGUACAGUAAGGAGCGGCAGGCAGCGUUCACCCAGCCUGUGGCCUGCCCUGCUCCGGUCCAACCCCUGCUCAAUGGAAACCUCAACUCAGGCGCGGACACACUGCGGAUCACAGACACCAUCCCCGGUUCUGUAUUCCUCCUGUCUCGAGGCAGCUUCACCUGCCCGCCCCACCUGCCCCCUUGGCGCAGUGGUAAUGGCUCAGGUGUGUACCGGAAGAGCCAUAGGAGGGCGCUGUCCUCGGAGCAGGUGCCAGGGCUGGAGCGGCUGCUGAAGGCCUGGGCUCUGGCUGAAUUCCCACACAGUCUCAACACACACUUGGGGCCCCAGGGGCCCUUGGACCCCUAUGAACCACUGCUGCCGCUGCUGAUGGGCCCCUGCAUGGGCCUGUGGAGGCAGUGUUACCUGAGGGGGGCCAUUCAUGCACAGGCCUUCUCCCACCCCCUGGUGCCCCCCCAGCCUCACCCGGUGGAGCGGCUGGCCCGGGAGGUGCAGCAGCUAAGGACCAGGCUGGCUCAGGUCUCCGUCCCCAAAGAACCCACCUCCCCAGAGACCCCCAUUGGCACAGGGCAUAGGCGCAACCUUAACCACAAUGCCAACAACAGCACCUUCCUGUUCCCCGCCUCCCCCAAUCAGCACACACCCAGGACGACACCCCAUACAGCCUCCACCAAUCAGCAGAGCUCCAGCAGCGAGCAGACCCCUGGAGCGCCGCCCUCCUGCCACCCACAGAGGAGCAGCAGUCAUAGGCACACCUUCCUGUUCAGAGCCCCCUCCCCUGCACAGACCCGGGUCAAAGAGCACCCAAGAGCCCCCCAAACCAAGAGCAAGGCCCCCCACACGGCCUCCUGAUAGUACAGGGGCCGCUCUCUCCAGGGCCUCUGCUCUGUGUCUCAGUAUUAGCUGCUUUAUAUGCUCGGACUGUUGCUUAUUGUUGACGAGCACGUGUCUGGAUGAAAGAUCCAGGUCGACAAGGACUUUACACCUGACACUUAACAGACAUAUACUUCCUUAUCUCUUUAUCUUUCAAUCUGAACAACACAGAUCUAGGUGCCACAGUGAACAAUCACAUGGAAGAUGUUUAAGCCAGAUGCCCUUCCUAGUGCAAUGAGUGACUGGAUUGGCCCUGGUGGGACAGGGGGUUGUCCAACCCUUGGACUCAAAAACACUAUAAUCUGAAAUGCCUUCCUUUUGAUAAGAGGGCGAAUACUUACAGACUGUGCCACUUUUGCCCUGAUCCCUGCGUUUUCACAUUAGAUUCCAGACUAAACUCUAUAAUGCUGAGUUUGAUAAACAGCUGUAAAAUCACUCACUGGUGUCUGCUUUGCAGAGGUAGGUAGUAAAGCCAACAGUAUACAGUACUGUGUCACUGUUACUUUCAAGUAGUAGUACAAGUACAAGAAGUCACCCGGUGAUUCCCCAAGCAAAGUCAGCAAUUUUAUUUCUUUCUGGGUUUUCAUCAGGUUGUGGAUAUGAGUUUUUAAACUAUUAUCGUUAUUAUAAUUUAAACUGUUGUUGUAAAAUGCGUGGUCUAUCCUGUGCAGUGUUGGCCCCAUCACCCUCCUCUGCAGCCCCACGCUCCACUCACGUCUCUCAUCUUUACCAUGUCUUGAGCGAUGAUAAGAGUGCUGUGAGUAAAUGUGAUGUGCACUGAAUGUGUGUUUGUGUUUGGGUGUCAGACUCCAAAAAUACUGACAACUGAAUACUGAUCAAUUCUAAAAUUAGUAUGGAAACUAGAUAGUCAUUUUUGCAAGUAUUGAUACUAAAAAGUCCCAUUGGCAGGACAGAGCAGAACCUUUCCUGAAAGUCUUUAGAAUGAUGUUGAGUUGUAUCAGAACAAGUAUAUGAGUACAUAGACUAGUACACACACAUGGACCAACAUGAACCUACUGCACCACUGACCAUUACACACAUAUAACACACAUGGGAAUAGGAAAGAAAAUUCUACCAUUUAAUGAUGAAAAUCACAUUCUAUUGUCUAAAGAAAGACAUUUUUUUAUUAUAGCCUUGUGUGUGCAUGUGUGUGCAUGUGUGUUUGUUUGUAUCUGUGUGUGUGUGUGUGUGUGCAUGUGUGUGUGCAUGUGUGUGUGAGUGUGUGUGUUUGUGCAUAUUUGUUUGUAUCUGUGUGUGUGUGCAUGUGUGUGUUUGUUUGUAUCUGUGUGUGUGCAUGUGUGUGUGAGUGUGUGUGUUUGUGCAUGUUUGUUUGUAUCUGUGUGUGUGUGUGUGUGUGUGUGUGGUGUUGCAUGUGUGUUUGUGGAUGUGUGUGUGUGUGUGUGUGCGUGUGUGUGUGUAUGAGUGUGUCUGUGUGUGUGUCUGUGAGUGUGUGUAUGAAUGUGCAGGUGUGUGUGUUUGUGAGUGUGUGUGCAUGCUUGUGUGCAUGUUUGUAUGCGAAUGUGUGUGUGUGUGUGUGAGUGCGUGUGUGUGUGCGUGUGCAUGUGUGCGUGUGUGUGUGCUCGUCUCCUCUGGGCUGCAGUAUUUGGGCCAAAGUACUAUUUCUGUGCUCCUCUAGAUUAAUUCCAGACAGAUCAUGUGCCGCUCCCUAAAACCAACACAGCAGGCUAUUCACCAGCGAGGUACUCUUUCAGUCAGGUACUCUUCCAUUGAGGUACUCUUCCAGUCAGGUACUCUUCCAUUGAGGUACUCUUCCAGUGACGUACUCCUCACAAAGAAUCAGGCUGGCAGUCUGGAGAAGAGCAUUAUUGGUGUUGUGGGCUUGAGGAUCAUAUUUGUGUGGGCAGUGCCUGUCGGCUCUUUCUACUCUCUGUAACACCAACGCUCGUGUUCUUCUGCAUCUGUCACUCUGUCCCCAAACGCAGCAGGAACGCACCACUGUCUCUUUGUACAGUAUACUGUAUAUUCUACAGUGCGGGUUCUUUCUCCCUUAAGCUUUUUGGAUUAAGAUAUGAAUAUUUUGUACUUUUUUAAGAUUGAGCUGUGUUUUCCUGACAGAUGGCCAGAAAAGCCAAUUAGAGUUCAAAGCAGAAGACACAUGUUGAUUUAUUCUGUACAGUCAUUUUAUAUUUGUCUGGUUGGAUCCUGUUUUAUUAUGAUCAUUACGAAAUAAAAAGUGAAUGAGGAAA